CUGCCACCCGAUGAGCGGGGAGUGCUCGUGCCAGCCGGGCUGGGCCGGCCUUCACUGCAACGAGAGCUGCCCCCUGGACACGCACGGGCCCGGCUGCCGGGAGCACUGCCUCUGCCUGCACGGCGGCCUCUGCCUGCCCGACAGCGGCCUCUGCCGGUGCGCGCCCGGCUACACGGGCCGGCACUGCGCUAGCCUCUGUCCGCCCGACACUUACGGACUCAACUGCUCCUCUCGCUGCUCCUGCGAGAAUGCCAUCGCCUGCUCCCCUAUCGACGGCGCCUGCAUCUGCAAGGAAGGUUGGCAGCGUGGUAACUGCUCUGUGCCCUGCCCACCUGGAACUUGGGGAUUUGGUUGCAAUGCCAGCUGCCAGUGUGCCCACGAGGCAGCCUGCAGCCCCCAGACUGGAGCCUGUACCUGCACCCCUGGGUGGCAAGGGGUCCACUGCCAGCUCCCCUGUCCAAAGGGGAAGUUUGGUGAAGGCUGUGCCCAUCGCUGUGACUGUGACCACUCUGAUGGCUGUGACCCUGUUCAUGGACACUGCCAGUGCCAGGCUGGCUGGACAGGUACCCGCUGCCACCUGCCCUGCCCUGAGGGCUUCUGGGGAGCCAACUGUAGCAACACCUGCACCUGCAAGAAUGGGGGCACCUGUCUCCCCGAGAAUGGCAAUUGUGUGUGUGCACCUGGAUUCCGGGGUCCCUCCUGCCAGAGACCAUGCCCUCCAGGACGCUGGGGAGACAACUGCGCCCAGCCCUGCCAGUGUCACCAUGGCGGGACCUGCCACCCCCAGGAUGGAAGCUGUUUAUGCCCCCCAGGCUGGACCGGACUCCUCUGCUUGGAAGGCUGUUCUCCAGGGAUGUUUGGUGCCAAUUGCUCCCAACCAUGCCAAUGCGGUUUUGGAGAGAGGUGCCACCCAGAGACGGGGGCCUGUGUGUGUCCUCCAGGGCACAGUGGUGCCCCCUGCAGGAUUGGAAGCCAGGAGCCCUUCACCAUGAUGCCUACCUUUCCAGUGCCCUAUAACUCACUGGGGGCCGUGAUUGGCAUCGCAGUGCUGGGGUCCCUGGUGGUGGCCCUGGUGGCAUUGUUCAUCGGCUACCGCCGUUGGCAGAAAGGCAAGCAGCACCAACACCUGGCAGUGGCCUACAGCAGCGGGCGACUGGAUGGCUCUGAGUAUGUCAUGCCAGAUAUCCCCCUGAGCUACAGUCACUACUACUCGAACCCCAGCUACCACACCCUAUCCCAGUGCUCACCUAACCCUCCACCCCCUAACAAGGUUCCCGGCAAUCAGCUCUUUGCCAGCCUCCAGGCCCCUGAGCGGCCAGGUGGGGCCCAUGGGUCUGACAACCACACCACACUGCCUGCGGACUGGAAGCACCUGGACAGGGGUAGCAGCCGCUUGGACCGAAGCUACAGCUGUAGCUACGGCAACAGUAAUGGCCCGGGCCCAUUCUACGGCAAAGGACCCAUCUCUGAAGACGGGCUGGGGGCCAGCAUGGCUUCCCUGAGCAGUGAGAACCCCUACGCCACCAUCCGGGACCUGCCCAGCCUGCUAGGGGGCCCCCGGGAGAGCAGCUAUGUGGAAAUGAAAGGCCCCCCCUCAGGAUCUCCCCACAGGCAGCCUCCUCAGCUCCCGGCCAGCCAGAGGCCGCGAUACCCCCAGCCACAGCCGCAGCGAGACAGUGGUACCUACGAGCAGCCUAGUGUUCUGCCCCAUGACCCAGACUCCGUGGGCUCCCAGCACCCCCAGCCUCUGGGCCCGACCCCCGGCCACUAUGACUCGCCCAAGAACAGCCACAUCCCUGGACACUAUGACUUGCCUCCUGUACGGCACCCCCCAUCCCCCCCACUUUAGCGCCGGGACCACUGAGGGGCCAAGAUGGUGUGCAGAGGCCAGCACACCUGUUCUUGCUGCCCAAGGUUGGGGACAGAGCCGGCUGAACCCUGCCAGGAGCAGGGAGAGGUCUGGCAGGCCGUGAACAUGAACGUGUUUAUGAACAAGUUUAAUAGAGGAGGUGAAUGGAGAGAUGGGAGCCUGGUUGGCAGGAAGCCUGCAUUCCCUUUCCCCAACCCACUGCCCCCCAAGGCUGCCAGGGCCUGUGUACAUAAACUGGUGGGUUGGGCAUUGCUGGAUAACUCUGAUUUCAUAUUGAUGUAAAAAAUGUAUAUUGAGC